CUAUAUAAGGUACAUAAGAGUGAGUGUUCAACUAAUAAUAUUUAGUGCUGCAAAAAUGGUGUCUAGCAAGAGAUUUUUCCUUACUCUUGUCUUUGUAAUUUUAGUGGCUACAAAUGCUUUUUUACGUGAUGUUGAUGCUGCGGGAGAGUGCGGAAAGACUCCGAUCCCGUCCGUAGCAGUGACGCUGAGCCCGUGCUUAGCCGCGACGGGGAAUGCUAGGGCUAAAGUGGCUCCAGCAUGCUGCGCGAGAGUUGGUGCACUUUUAAAAAGUAUGCCAAAAUGUCUUUGUGCUAUUUUGUUAUCACCUACUGCUAAGCAAGCUGGUAUGCAGAUUGGGGUUGCUAUUGCUAUUCCGAAACGAUGCAAUAUUAAGAAUAGGUUUGCUGGAAAGAAGUGUGGAAGAUACACAAUCCCAUGAGAGAAUGAUACUGAGAAAGUACAAUCAAAUAUAGAGGAGAACAAAGAAAUAGCAUGGGAGAGUAUGAAAUAGAGAGUCUAUCUCUCUAUGUAUGUGUUUAAAUAAGAAUUGCCAUUUUAGGGUUAUAUUCUCAUUCAAUAUUGACCCUUUAAGGCAGAGUUGAUUUCAUAUAAAUGUUACUAUGUCAUCAUGUUAAUGCUUUAACUAUGCUAAUUAUAAGUGCAUGUUUAUUCCUUUGCCUUA